GUUCAUGAGUGAGGUUGCGGGCUGUACCGUAGCGCCGUGCUUGCUCUGGCUGUUGGUCUGCCGCUUGUCGAUCGGCUUUGUUACGGCGAUUUUGGUUUCGCCGUGGCCCGUUCGUUCCCGAAGCGAUGGGAAAGAAGACGCGGACGGGAACAUCACGCAGACCUAUCUUGCAGCUUUCGCCGCCAGGACCUCGAGGUGUCUCUAGAGAGGAGACCCUAGGCUCGGCUUCGGAAGACGAACAGGAGGGCAGUGUGGACGUUCGGCCUCUCGGCACCCUGAAAGACGCCGCCCUGGACAUGAGGACCCCUGCCGUGAAAGCCACAGAGGGCUUGUCUCUGUUGGGGGCCUACGAAGACAGCGACGAGGAGGAGGAAAACGGUGCGCACCCGGCACCUGCCAAGGUCAAACACCACCAGUCUACCGACAUCGACAGCACUCUCGCCAACUUCAUGGCCGAAAUUGACGCCAUUACCAUGCAACCAGCUCAGUCAUCGGAGGAGCAGCCCACAGCAAACCCCCCGGCUCCUACGCCACCUCGACCGGACCCCAAAGACCACCAACACGCCACUUCCGAGCAGUUGGGGGCAGGGGCGGAGUUCCAGUAUGACACACAGUAUUCACUAGCGGGGGUGGGCGUGGAGAUGGGAGACUGGCAGGAGGUGUGGGACGAGAACACGGGCUGUUACUACUACUGGAACACGCAGACAAACGAGGUGGCCUGGCAGCUACCCCACUACCUGGCUGACCAGGUGCAAGGCCUGCAGCAGUACGCAGACAGCUCGGCUGUGGUUGUCAACGGCAACGGGGCUGCGCAGACUGCUUCUGUGUACUCUGGACAGCAUUCCGCAGUUGCCACAAGUGCAUCCGCCACCUUGAAAGAGGGGAAAAAGAAGGAGGUGAUAGACAGUGUGGUGGCCCUCACCAGCGAGGAGGAGGAGAGGCGAGGUGUGGCAGCAUCUCUGCUGGCCCCGCUGAUUCCACAAGAAGUGAAGGAAGCAGAGGAGAAGUGGAGGAAGAAGACGCUCGGGCUGGCCGAGGAGGUGCCGGAGGGCCUGCUCAACUCGGAGGGAGAGUGCGCCCGGCCCCCAGCGUCACCUCCGGCUGGAGAGGUACAGGCCCAUUCCCAAGGUGGCCACCGCAGCAGGACCCAGUCGCCAGCGAGCUCUGAAGAUGAGGAGGUGGAAGAGGCUGAGGAAGACACGAUGGAGUUGGAGCUGGUGCUGGAGCGGAAGAAGGCUGAGCUGCGUGCCCUAGAAGAAGGUGACGGAAGUGCAGGGGGAUCUAGUCCCUGCUCUGAGACAAGCCAGGAGGGCACACGGGGGUUGCUGCUCAGGAAGACCAAGUGGAAGACGGCCUUUCUGCGGGCACCCAGCCCCGAUUCCAGCAGCCGUGGUUCGGGAAAGACCGGGAGGGAAACUCCAGAGCAGCCUGACUCAGUAGAUUCCAGAACAUCAGAGAAGCCAGGGAAGGAAGACCCAAAAGAGAUGGACUCAUCGGUGGAAAAAACUAAACUGAAAACGGCCUCAACGGAGGAAGAGGAACUUGCUGACCUCAAGUUUCAGAUCGGAGAGCUUGCCAACACCUUGACCAGCAAAAUGGAGUUCUUGGGAAUAAACAAAAAGGCCAUUACUAACUUCCAGCUGCUGCUUAUACAAACUGAGACCAGGAUUGCUGACUGGAGAGAAGGUGCUCUGAAUGGGAACUAUCUGCGCCGCCGGUUACAGGAAGCCGCAGAGCACAUUAAACAUUACGAACUAAACGCCACCCCUAAAGGCUGGUCCUGCCACUGGGACAGGGAACACAGGCGGUACUUCUAUGUGAAUGAACGGACAGCCGCCUCCCAGUGGGACUUUCCAGUUGAGGAAGAGGGUGUGGAUGAGAAGGGCAGCGAUCUGAAGGACGCCGCAUCCCCACUGCCUGGCACCAGAGGCCAGGGAGAAGCCAAGCCCCCAGCAGAGCCCCCCACAACACAACCAGGCCCCCCUGCGUACACGAGUCCACCCUCCAUGCAGGCUGGGCUGUCAUCUUACUGGUCAGUUUCUCAGCUGCCCCAGCCUCCUCUUCCUCCUGAUGACCCACCUCCCCCAUCCGAUUACCCUCCUCCGCCACCUCCACCACCGGAAUCUCCACCUCCGCCGCCGCCUCCACCUUUGAGCGAUGACGGGGAGAUCGAAGAGGUGGAGAUGGAGGAUGAGGAAGGGGAGCCGCCAGCCCCAGGAACUGAGGAGGAUGGCACCCGAAAGCCCCCGAUGCCCACCGUUGUGUCUGCUAUAAAGGCCUCCGAGUCGGCAGCAUCCCCCAGCGCCCCAGUCAAAGGUACCAAGCGCAAGGCGUCGAACUCCAGUCACCUCCACAAGGCGGUCACCAUAGGCAGCAGUCCCAUCCUCUACAGCCAGGCCACUGCAGCUGCAGCCCCUGUGAUAUCUGCCCCAGUGUACUGGAAUAUGGUAGCUACUGCCCAGCCCGUACCCCCUGCAGAGACAACACCUCCCCCGGUACCUGUGCCCCCCUCUCAGCCAGCACCACCUCUCGCCCCAUUGUCUGCCACCGCAGACUCCAUGUCUGGAAAAGCGGCAGCCACAGAAAAACCUAAAAAGAUUAAAAAAGACAAGAUGAAGAAGAGCAAAACGAAGAUGCCGUCUUUGGUGAAAAAGUGGCAGAGCAUUCAGAGGGAGCUAGAUGAAGAGGAGAAGUCGAGCAGUAGUGAUGAGGAUCGCGACCAGCUGAACUUCAAGCGUAUCGAGGAGUGGAAGCAGCAGCAGCUUGCCAGCGGGAAAGCGGGCAAAAAUGCAAACUUUGAGGCCCUCCCGGAAGACUGGAGGGAACGACUGCUGAAGAAGAGGAAAUUAACACACAGCACAUAAAGUGCCCACUGCUCUGUGUGUGUGUGUAUGUGUGUGCGCGCGUGCCCGCCCACCAACCUUUCACUGGCCAUCGUAGCUCAUCAGAUGGACUCUGAAGUUAUAGCGAAAUGCAUAGCUUCAGAACUCGCUGUAGGGUUUUGCGUUGUUUCAUCUGGGCCCAGAUUUCUCUGUACAGUGUCCGAGGGGGUGGGACUUUUGUUUUUUCUCUCCUGCUUUUAUCCAUUGUCUCCACAGUGUUGUCCCCCCACCCCCUCUCAGAAAUAUGGUAUUUGAGCCAUAAGUACCAGUACAGCAGAGACUUGCCGUGUGAAGUGCACCCUAUUCAUGUCUUGCCAAGUGCCCAAGUCUGUUAUAGUGCAGUUUAUGUUCCAAGUUGUCUCUUUAUGGGACUUGGUCUAGCAACAGCCAUCUUAAAAGGCAAAAUGUUCAGCUGAAGGGAACGUGAACUUCACCUUAAAUAAGAGGGUUUAAGAUAUACUUAAGAUUGUCUUCAGUUUUCAUCUCGAUAUUUCUAUUUCCAUUUCAUCCCUGCAGUGUAUUUAAUGCAUUCUGUUUUUCCAUGGCAUGUUUGAAAAGGUCAAUUUUUUUUUCCUUAAAUCCAGUUCAUCUUAAGUUUAUUCAUUAGUUAUGUUUUUGUCCAUAUUAAUGGACCUCCACUAAUUGGUAAAAAUUAAUUUUGUAGAAGUGAUUAUUUUUUCUCCUUUUAAAUAAUUGCAUUGCAACAAAGGUUUAUAAUGCAGAGAUCCCAGCAAAAUUAAAUUUGCCCCCCAUAAUUUUACAUUUGUAUUAUACUGCCAGGUUUGUUUUACCAGAUUAAAAGCACUAUGCCAAUUCUGACGGUCAUGUUUUUACCUAUUUUGUGACAGUUUGGAGAGAAACAGCAAUUUGUAUAUUUUGUAAAUAGUAAAUAAAACAUUUUUCAACUUGCA